GACAUCUCAAGUUCGCCAACCUACCCCUAGGUUCCAGAAAUUGAUUCGCGCGUUUAUUACUCAAGCCUAAGAGGAGGACCAGAAAUUCUGUGCAUUACGCCAGUACAUGCUAACCGACGGAUGAUUUACAGUCUUCCAGUUUUCCACAUCCCACACAGGUUCCAUCACCAGGGAGCUAGCCUCCUAAACAACAAAAGAUGCAAGGCUUCAAUAUGGGACGUUAUGUCCCUCCUGAUCAGGAGGGACUGAUGAGUGGAAACCAGUUGCAUGGGAAGCACGCACUGGGGGCUCGAGCGAAUAAGAUUUCUCAGGGUAUCUUAACAGUACGAUUCGAGAUGCCAUAUCCUAUCUGGUGCACACACUGUCCAAAGCCUACAAUAAUAGGACAAGGAGUACGAUUCAACGCAGAGAAAAAGAAAGUAGGCAACUAUUUCUCCACCCCGAUCUAUAGUUUUCGCAUGAAACAUAUUACUUGUGGUGGUUGGAUUGAGAUACGGACGGAUCCGAAGAAUACGGCUUAUGUGAUCACUGAAGGGGCGAGAAAACGAGACACCGGCGAGGAUAAAGUUAUGGAAGGGGAUGUCAAAAUUUUGUCCGAGGACGAAAGGGAGAAGCUAAGAAACAAUGCAUUUGCAACUUUAGAGGGGAAAGUUGAGGAGAGAGAAAGGCUAGUAGCUAGCAAGAAACGACUGGAAGAGCUGCAAGAUCUUUCCAACCAAUGGGAAGACCCCUAUGAAAGGAAUAGAAAAUUAAGGAACACUUUUCGAGAAGGGAGGACGAGGCGAGAAAAAGAGGCGGGCGUAGCAUCCGCAUUACAAGAUAAAAUGAGUUUAGGCCUCGACUUAUUGCCAAAACACGAGGAAGAUGCACAGAAGGCUAGUUUCAUUGAAUUUGGGGAUAAUGAUUCUCAUGCCAGUAUCACUAAAGCAAUCUCGAAACCUCUAUUUGGAAACGAUAACCCACCGCCCAAAGCAGAGAGAAAGGGCCAAAAGCUCUCACGGAGAAAGCAGGCUGAGGCAAUAGUAGCAAAACAUCGUAAGGAUGUUGUGGCUGAGAUAAGAGGUAAUACCAGAGCUGCGAUUGAUCCAUUUCUCAUCAACAACCAGCCAAACGGCGCCAAGAACACGCCAAAACCCUUGUUGGUCGGAAUCAAGAGGAAAAGAUCUAUCCCUGGUCUUGAGGAGGCUCCAUCGACAAGAAAAGUAAUUGGUUUGGUCGAUUAUGAUUCCGACGAUUGAUAUUAUGGAUGUGCGGUAAAUCAUUUAGAUCGGACUGUGAUAUUGGGUUUUCAUGAGCAAUAUUUGCAAUACCCUUUUGCUGUCGGGAUAUGCAGUGUCAAUGGACAAUGAGGAGAACAUUCUAAGCA